AUGAAACUUGGCCCCAAUCACAUAUGUGCUAAACUUGAUGCUCCAGAACUGGAGGGCUGCUUCCCUUCUUCAUUUUGUGCUUCAGAAGUUAAAGGCUGGGAACACAUAGCAUCAGGUCGACAAGUCGCGCCUGGUGCACAUCCUGAAGAAAGGUGUCGAGGCGGGGUUGCUGACUUACCGCGGAGGCCGGUACCGGGUGGCGAAGGUCCAGGGAGGCAAGGAGCUGUGCUCCAGGAGGCGACGCCCCAGCUGCAGAAGGCGACGCCCCAGCUGCGGGAGACGGCGUCGCAGCUGCGGGAGACGGCGUCGCAGCUGCGGGAGACGGCGUCGCACCUGCAGGAGGCGGCGGCGCAGCUGCAGGCGGCGGCGGCAAUCCUGCAGGCGCAAGAGGCGGCGUUGCAGCAGGCGAAGGCGUCGCUGUGUCAGACGGAGGCGAAGGUCGUGCAGACGCCGCCGCCGCCGCAGCGUCUGCUGCCGUCGCAGAAGGCGCCGCUCGCGCUCGUGCAGGAGGCGCCGGCGUCGCUGCAGCAGUGUGGACGGGCUGUCCGACAACGGAUCGGUGCGGCGCGGCAUCAGGAAGGUCGUGCUGAACGACGUGGAACCCAUGGACGUCGAGAACGACAAACUGGUGGCUGGCGGGCUGGAGGAGCACGUGCGCCAGGACUAGUCGGACCGGAGCGACCUGCCCGAAGUGGCUGGCAGUCUCUGCAAAUUUUAUGUGUAUCGAAAUUUGAUUUGUCUGAAUAAAAUAGUAUGUGUGGA